AGGCGAAAGUUCGCCGAGUGAAAAAAAAACCAAAAUAUUUGCUUUUCUCAGAGAAAAAUUAGAAUUAUUGCAUUUUCUUUUGCAUUUACAGUAGAUUUGUGGCGCUAAAAGUGGGUGAAAAUGGUAGAUCUGGACACAAACUUCGAUAAUAUGACAAAAUACCAAAUAAUUUGCAAAUACAUUGAAAAUGUGAACCGACUGCGGAGUGUAGCGCCCCCGGAAAUGGACUUUUCAGACUUCUUGAUGGCGCAUCUCAAUCGUUACACCUUUGCUAGCUACGUGUACAGCACGAAUUUGCUGAUAAAGUCCGUUCUGGACAGGAAGAGGAAGAUUGUAUGGUGGAUUUUCACAUUACUAGUGGCGUAUACUUGCCUGUCGUACAAACACGAAGCCUACAGCCUCUUCCUGCGUCGCAUCCAGACACACAUCUAUCCGGGAAUGAAGCUGUGGCGAAAGCUUACCUUGCCAAUCAUCACACAAUACCCAACACUCACAGAUUUCUACGAUGAAGCGUGUUUGCUGGGGAAUCCAUUGUUCCAGGUGGCCGAUUUAGAUUGUACACCAUGCUCAGAGGCUGCCAAUGUGCUCGAUUUCACCAAUUUCAACGACAUCACACAUUCGGGGGAGCCCUUUAUGUUCAAGAGUAGCCAGAAGACGAUCACAGUGGCGAAUAUCUAUGAGAUUUUCCUCGCCAAUGAAGCCAUCUUCCGACGAGAUGCCUUCCGUGUACUCUCAUCAAAUCAUGACAUUCGCACCAUGGUGGACCUGGCGAAUGACUUCCUAAACACCACCCUCCAGGCGGAGAGUCACAGCAUUUGGCGCUGCAACAGGAUGCACCCUGCACGCGUCCUCAGGCAACUCUUCCCGCGCCCUCAGCGUCUACCUGAGACGGGAAUGGCGCUCGAGAGAUUCCUCAUGAUUGACACACCUGCCGCCAAUCCGUACCGACUCCCGGACAUGGAGUGCUCCAAUGUGUUCGUCAUCCAGGCCGCAGGAACGCGUACAUUCAUCCUCCGGCCCACAUCUGAAUGUCGCUCAAAGUGCCGGACGCUCUCAGUAAGACUGCCCACGUCCUACGUGCUUAUCUACGAUUGGUGGUACUGGCGCCCCAUAUCGGUUCCGGAUGAAUUCACAUCGGCCACGUCAGUAGCCUACGUGGGCUCCUACUGCUAACUCGACGAUGAAACUCCUAGUCUUGCUCAAUCGUGAUUGCCGCAAACCAACACUCACUACUCAUCUCACGACUCCAAAGCACAUUGAUCUUUUACAUCAACAAAAAUUCAAAAUAUAAUAUAUUUUUCUCUAGUGAUAAGGAAACAAA